AUGUCUUCUCGCCCAUCAUACGCCUCGUCCACCUACUCGGACUCGACGACAUAUUCUAUCGACGCACAGAAGAACAGCCAGUCCUCCUCCACAUCGAAGCGCAGCUUUGGCUCGCGUGUCAAGAGUGCGCUCUCCAGCAUUGGCGAGCACCCGACGGCCCGCUACGAGCGCAAGAACGGCCUUCCGUCAAAACCCAUCUACAGCCCUUCGUUCCCAGGCCCGUCGAGGAUCUAA